UCAACGUUGAACUUUUGUACCCACAUAACCCGAAGGUCUGUACCAACCACCUCAUUCUGAUCUGUGCUUGAGGCAUGGAGAAGAGUAAGGUUCUUGUAGUUGGUGGCACAGGAUACAUCGGCAGGAGGAUUGUGCGGGCGAGCCUAGCCCAUGGCCACCGGACCUUUAUCCUGAUGCGGCCGGAGAUCGGCCUCGACAUCGAUAAGCUCCAGCUGCUGCUGUCGUUCAAAGCGCAUGGAGCGCUCCUCGUCGAGGCGUCGAUGGAGGACCACCGGAGCCUCGUCGCCGCCGUGAAGCAGGUGGACGUGGUGGUGUCGGCCAUCUCCGGGCGUCACUUCCUGCUGCAGCUCAAGCUAGUGGAGGCCAUCAAAGAAGCUGGAAAUAUCAAGCGUUUCCUACCAUCUGAAUUCGGCAUCGACCCAGCAAGGAUGGGGCACGCUCUAGAACCAGGAAGGAUCACAUUUGACGAGAAGAUGGAGAUAAGAAGGGCAAUAGAAGAAGCAAACAUUCCACACACCUAUGUUUCCGCUAACUGCUUUGCUGCUUUCUUUGUUCCUAACCUCUCUCAAAUGCGCACCCUUCUCCCGCCCAAGAAGAAAGUUCACGUGUAUGGAGAUGGCAAAGUCAAAGUGAUAUUCAUGGACGAAGAUGACGUCGCAACAUACACCAUCAAGUCCAUUGAUGAUCCUAGGGCCUUGAACAAGACAAUAUACCUAAGGCCGCCGGAAAACAUCCUUAGUCAAAAUGAGCUGAUUUCCAAAUGGGAAAAGCUCUCAGGAGAAGUCCUUGAGAGAAUUCCCAUCCCGUCUGAUGAAUUCUUGGCGUCAAUGGAAGGUACGGACAUUACAAAUCAGAUGGCGGUGGGGCACUUCCACCACAUUUUUUAUGAGGGUUGCUCAACAGACUUUGAUAUAGAGGAGGAUGGAGAGGAAGCUUCUCUACUCUACCCGGAGGUUCGCUGCACCAGGAUGGAGGACUACAUGAAACGUUAUUUGUAAUUAAGAAACUGCAUGAACCUUAACUGCCUUACUAGCACACCUUGCACACCACAUAUGUUACUCCCUCCAACCUAAAUAUACGACGUUUGGUAGGCUAACUAGCCUACUAGAACGUCAUAUAUUUAGGUACAGAGGGAGUAGAAAAGAAGUGUUUUUUUAAUUGUUUAGAUUGCUUGCCACAUGUGUCACGUGGUUAAAAAAAAGAAGUGGUUUUAUAUUCGUGAGGAAAAUAAGGGUUCACUACACCACAUAUGGAGGUGCAAAUAACUAUUUGUAAUUAAGAACACGUAUAAACCUUAAUUACCUUUAUCAGCGACGCAGCACACCACAUAUAUGUCAGAAAAAAAGUUUGUUUUA